CCCACACCGGUUAUCCUGCUGAAGGAGGGGACAGACUCGUCUCAGGGCAUCCCCCAGCUCAUCAGCAACAUCAAUGCCUGCCAGGUGAUUUCAGAGGCUGUCAGGACCACCCUGGGCCCCAGGGGGAUGGACAAACUGAUGGUGGACAGCAGAGGGAAAGCCACAAUUUCUAAUGAUGGGGCCACCAUCUUGAAACUGCUGGAUGUGGUUCACCCUGCAGCCAAAACUCUGGUGGACAUUGCUCGCUCCCAGGAUGCUGAGGUUGGGGAUGGCACUACAUCAGUCACUCUCCUGGCAGCUGAGUUCCUGAAGCAGCUGAAGCCGUUCGUGGAAGAGGGCCUGCACCCUCAGACCAUCAUCAGAGCAUUCCGCACAGCCACCCACCUCGCCGUCAACAAGAUCAGGGAGAUCUCCGUCUCUGUGAAGAAAGAUGACAAGCAAGAGCAGAGGCAGCUGUUGGAGAAAUGUGCCGCUACCGCCAUGAACUCAAAGCUGAUCGCUGGUCAGAAGGGCUUCUUCUCCAAAAUGGUGGUGGAUGCCGUCAUGUCUCUGGAUGAGCUGCUGUCUCUGAAGAUGAUUGGCAUCAAAAAGGUGCAGGGUGGAGCCCUGGAGGAUUCCCAGUUGAUCUCUGGGGUUGCGUUCAAGAAGACGUUCUCCUAUGCCGGGUUUGAGAUGCAGCCCAAAUGCUACGAGAAUCUGAAGAUAGCUUUGCUGAACGUGGAGCUGGAGCUAAAGGCUGAGAAGGACAACGCAGAAGUCCGCGUGAAGUCAGUGGAGGACUACCAAGCCAUUGUGGAUGCAGAGUGGAACAUCCUGUAUGACAAACUGGAGAAGAUUUAUCAGUCCGGGGCCAAGGUGGUUCUGUCUAAGCUACCCAUCGGGGACGUGGCCACACAGUACUUUGCAGACAGAGACCUGUUCUGUGCCGGCAGGGUGCAGGAGGAGGAUCUGAGGAGGACCAUGAUGGUCCAAGUGGGAGGAGAGCGGUACAACUUCUUUAAGGGCUGCCCCAAGGCGAAGACUUGCACCAUCAUCCUGAGAGGAGGAGCAGAGCAGUUCACAGAGGAGACGGAGCGGUCACUGCAUGAUGCCAUCAUGAUCGUCCGCAGAGCCAUCAAGAACGACUCCAUCGUAGCGGGUGGAGGAGCCAUUGAGAUGGAGCUGUCCAAGUACCUGCGGGAUUACUCUCGGACCAUUCCCGGGAAGCAGCAGCUGCUGAUCGGAGCGUACGCCAAGGCCCUGGAGAUCAUCCCCCGACAGCUGUGCGACAACGCCGGCUUCGACGCCACCAACAUCCUCAACAAACUGCGUGCCAAACACGCCCAGGGCGGCAUGUGGUACGGCGUGGACAUCAACAACGAGGAUAUCGCCGACAACUUUGCCGCCUGCGUGUGGGAGCCGUCCGUGGUGCGGAUCAACGCCCUGACGGCCGCGUCCGAGGCCGCCUGCCUCAUCCUGUCCGUAGACGAAACCAUCAAGAACCCCCGCAGCAGCGCAGACGGCCCCCCGGGCGCCGGCCGGGGCCGUGGGCGCGGGAGGCCCCACAUGCACUAA